GGGAGCUCCCGCGAUGGCCGCCCUACGGAGGCUCCUGUGGCCGCCGCCUCGGCUGCCGCCGCCGCUGCUGCUGUCCCCUCACCCCGCCCCCGGGCUGUGGGGGCUGCCGGCGGCAACACCCCCGGGCCGGCCCUUCUCCUGCCGGGAGGAGGAAGCGGCCGCGGCGGAGGCGGCGUGGAGGCUGAGGCGGCGGCGCUGGGGGGAGCUGAGCAUCGCGGCGGCGGCCGGCGGGGGUCUGGUCGGUCUCCUGUGCUACCACCUGUAUGGAGACCACGGGGCCGCCUCGGCCGCGAGGCAGGGGCCCUCCUCCGAGAGCGCGGCGGCCCAGCCCGAGGACCCGCCCCGCGGCCGGGGGCUGCUGCCCAUCCCCGUGGCGGCUGCCAAGGAAACGGUUUCUAUUGGCAGAACAGACAUCGAAGAUUUAGACCUCUAUGCAACAUCUCGGGAAAGACGGUUUCGUUUGUUUGCUUCCAUAGAAUGUGAAGGACAGUUAUUUAUGACUCCAUAUGAUUUCAUUUUGGCUGUUACCACAGAUGAGCCUAGAUUUGCUAAAACAUGGAAGUCACUUUCCAAACAGGAAUUAAACCAAAUGCUCUCAGAAACACCUCCAGUUUGGAAAGGAUCAUCAAAGCUAUUUCGAAAUCUUAAAGAAAAAGGUGUUAUUUCAUACACAGAAUAUCUUUUUCUUUUAUGUAUUUUAACAAAGCCACAUGCAGGUUUUAGAAUAGCUUUCAACAUGUUUGACACUGAUGGCAAUGAGAUGGUAGAUAAAAAGGAGUUUUUGGUGCUUCAAGAAAUAUUCAGGAAAAAAAAUGAAAAAAGAGAAACUAAAGGAGAUGAAGAAAAGCGUGCAAUGCUGCGUCUUCAACUUUAUGGAUACCAUUCUCCUAAUAGUGUACUUAAAACAGAUGCUGAGGAACUUGUCUCCAGAAGCUACUGGGAUACAUUGAGACGUAAUACAAGCCAAGCACUCUUUUCAGAUCUCGCAGAGCGUGCUGAUGAUAUUACAAGCUUAGUAACAGACACUACACUUCUUAUACACUUUUUUGGAAAGAAAGGAAAAGCUGAGCUUAACUUUGAAGAUUUUUAUAGAUUCAUGGAUAAUCUCCAAACAGAAGUUCUCGAAAUAGAAUUUCUUUCCUACUCUAAUGGGAUGAAUACAAUCAGUGAAGAAGAUUUUGCUCAUAUACUUUUACGAUAUACAAAUGUGGAAAAUACAUCAGUAUUUUUGGAAAAUGUGCGUUACAGUAUACCUGAAGAAAAGGGCAUCACAUUUGAUGAAUUCAGGUCAUUUUUCCAGUUUUUAAACAACUUAGAAGACUUUGCAAUAGCCUUGAACAUGUAUAACUUCGCAAGUCGUUCUAUAGGGCAGGAUGAAUUUAAGCGUGCCGUCUAUGUAGCUACUGGCCUCAAACUUUCACCACAUUUAGUGAACACAGUCUUCAAGAUUUUUGACGUUGACAAAGAUGAUCAAUUAAGUUAUAAAGAAUUUAUUGGAAUUAUGAAAGACAGACUCCAUAGAGGAUUCCGGGGUUAUAAAACAGUUCAAAAGUAUCCCACUUUCAAAUCCUGCCUGAAGAAGGAACUCCAUAGUAGAUAAGUAAUCAUAAGGCAAAGUUUAAAUGAUUAUCUACAUGAAAAAUACAAGAAGCAAAAAUUUAAGAGAGAAGAAGCAGUUCUGAGAUCAGAACAUGUAGAAAUGAAGGAAA